AAUAAUAAAUAAAGUCAAAACUCGAUUUUGUGCAACGGUAAAUAUUUAAUAAAACAAAACAAAAAAGUACAAACUGGAGCCUCAACAGUAUUGAAGUGCAAAGGUGUGGGACGACGUCAGCGUCUCACAAUUUCCAACCUAAAAGCAAAGCCAACGUUUGACGACGUGUUAUAAUAAUAAAAAAUUAAAGAGAAAAAUACAAUAAAUUUAAGAUAUAAAAUUGUGAAUCACGGUUCAAAAUGAAUUCUGAGCAUGGAUUUAAUCCAGCCUUUAACAUGGCAACCAUACGCCAAGCGUUUACAGAAGCCGUCGAAAGAGUAAGAAUGCCUACUCCUACACGUCUGCGAGAUCUCAUACGACAAAUACGUGCAGCUAGAACGGCCGCAGAGGAACGUGCAGUGGUGAAUAAAGAAUGUGCCUACAUACGCAGCACUUUCCGUGAGGAAGACUCUGUUUGGAGAUGUCGUAAUAUUGCAAAGCUUUUAUAUAUCCAUAUGCUUGGGUAUCCGGCACAUUUCGGCCAAUUGGAAUGCCUUAAGUUAACAGCCAGCACACGUUUCACAGACAAGCGUAUUGGAUAUUUAGGCGCUAUGUUGCUGUUGGAUGAACGACAGGAUGUGCAUCUCUUAAUAACGAAUUGCUUGAAAAAUGAUUUAAAUAGUUCGACGCAAUUUGUUGUGGGUUUGGCACUGUGUACCUUGGGUGCCAUAGCAUCGCCCGAAAUGGCACGCGAUUUGGCUAGUGAAGUUGAACGUCUUAUGAAAUCACCAAACACGUACAUAAGGAAAAAGGCCACCUUAUGCGCAUUUCGUGUUAUACGUCGAGUACCCGAAUUAAUGGAAAUUUUCUUACCGGCAACACGGUCUCUGUUAAGUGAAAAGAAUCACGGUAUACUCAUUACUGGAGUCACGCUUAUCACGGAGAUGUGCGAAAACAGCACAGAUACUUUAAUGCAUUUUAAAAAGGAUAGCGGAAACCGAGAGAUCGUGCCGAAUUUGGUGCGCAUACUUAAGAAUCUUAUACUGGGCGGAUACUCGCCGGAACAUGAUGUGAGCGGUGUUAGCGAUCCGUUUUUGCAAGUUAAAAUACUGCGCCUGCUACGUAUACUCGGACAUAACGAUCCAGAUGCUUCGGAAGCCAUGAAUGAUAUAUUAGCACAGGUGGCAACAAAUACGGAAACAAGUAAAAAUGUUGGCAACACUAUACUGUACGAGACUGUGCUUUCCAUAAUGGAUAUUCGUUCGGAAGGUGGUCUACGUGUUUUGGCUGUUAAUAUACUCGGACGUUUUUUGCUCAAUUCGGACAAGAAUAUACGUUAUGUAGCACUGAAUACUUUGUUACGUACUGUACAUGCAGACACUUCGGCUGUGCAACGUCACCGCACCACAAUUCUAGAAUGUCUCAAAGAUCCUGAUGUUUCGAUUAGGCGUCGGGCUAUGGAAUUGUCGUUCGCACUUAUAAAUGCACAAAACAUACGUACCAUGACCAAAGAGUUGUUAUUGUUUUUGGAGAAAGCGGAUGCAGAAUUCAAGGCGCAGUGCAGUUCAGGCAUGAUAUUGGCCGCUGAACGUUAUUCACCAAACACACGAUGGCAUUUGGAUACACAGUUAAGCGUAUUAAUAGCGGCUGGCAAUUAUGUGCGAGAUGAUGUAGUGUCUUCAACAAUACAAUUGGUAUCAAGUAGUCCAGUGGUUGAACAAACUUAUAUAACAAAUCGUUUCUGGGAAUCUUUACAAGUUCCAAAUCAUUGUGAAGACAAACAACCACUGUUGCAAGUGGCAGUGUGGGCAAUUGGCGAAUAUGGAGAUCUGUUUAUGUAUGGUCCAAAUGAGGAUGAUUUUGAACGUCCAACUGAAAGUGACUUAAUCGCAAUGUUUCAUAAAUAUUUAACUUCUGCUCAAGUAUCAACUACAAGUAAGCAAUAUGCCUUAGUGUCGCUAGCUAAACUAAGUACACGUUUGCAGAAUUGUGUGGACGAAAUUCAAGCACUUAUCACUUCGUUUGGUAGCCAUCUGAAUGUGGAUCUACAACAACGUGGCGUAGAGUUUACGCAAUUAUUUCUCACUUAUAAACAUUUACGUCCACCAUUGUUAGAAAAGAUGCCACCAAUGCAGAUAAGCCGUAUCUCAUCGCAAAAUGGUGAAAGUAGCGGUUCAUUUGAUGACAAUAGCCCGGAUCUAAUCGAAAAUGGUUUAGUUGAAGACCAGUUACCGCACGAAAAUAAUAUGAACACAAUGAGUGAUAACACAAAUAUAUUACUGGAUUUACUUGGUGGGACAGAUAUAUCAAAUACCGUUCAAAAAGAGAAUACAAAGAACGCCAACGAUGUGUCGAACAAUCAAGACUUCCUUGAUUUAUUAGAUUUGGAUUUAAAUACAGGCGCUGUAGCUGUUAAUAAUACAACAAAUGUGUUGGGAACUAAUGCAACAAAUAUAAACAAUGUAUUAGGAUUAUCAAGUUUAACGGCGACAAUACCAACGAAUGGCAACGAUUUAACAAGUAUUUUAUCUGGCAACGGUUUGGUCAGUGUACCAGUAAAUCUGUUAGAGUCUAACAAUAUACUCUCACCAUCGGCGAAUGCGUCAAAUUCAUUUCUAAAUGAGUUAACUUCCCCCGCCAACCUACUGUGUAGUAGUAUUGCUAUAAAUCAAGCGCCCAAGAUCACUGCUCUUGAUAAAAAUGGUCUACUUGUUCAUUUAGUUCCACUUAGGGUCAGCGACACCAUACAAAUCUUUAUGACAACAACAAACAAUUCAAAAAAUAUAUUGGAACAAUAUCUAUUCCAGGCGGCAGUUCCUAAAAGUUUUACAUUACAAAUGUUAUCGCCUUCUGGAUCAGACUUACCUCCUGGCGGUAUUAUAACACAGGAAAUGCGUGUUGUUAGUACGUCCAAGGCUAUUCUUCGUAUGAGACUACGCAUAUCAUAUGUUGUCGAUGGCCAAAAAAUUCUGGAGCAAGCAGAAGUAACCGGAUUCCCAGACAAUUCACCGGAAUAGUAAAUAAUAAUCAAAAUAUAAAUACCUUAUACUAUAUAACAAUAUAAAUUGCGCAGUAUAUAAACUAUAAUAAAAAUAUGUAUAAUGUUAACGGAAAAGGAGCAUACCAAUAACCCAUUACCAUCCUUACCUACCUUAAAGCUAUCACAUAACAUUUACGAAGACAUGGAAGAUAACUGCUAUAUACUUAUACAAAUAAAUAUUUAUGUAUUGUAAUAUA